AUGUCUUUUGUCGAGAAGAAAUCAACUAUCAAAUCCAUACUCAAAUCAAAACUGUCCUUCAAGCCGCCAGUGACUCAGGAUCCAAGAACAUUUAGUCGAACGACCAAAGGCAUCAUCUUGAUGUGCAUUGGGUUAUGUGCGAGUACAUCAGGAUUCUCAUCCACCAUCUACUUUCCAGGGCUUCCUGCUAUCACCGAGGAAUUACAUGCACCGCCUAUCGCUACAACAUUAACUGCAGCCUUGUUCGUCUUGCUUAUGGGCAUUGCUCCUGUUUUCUGGGCAUCUUUCUCUGAUCGUUUGCAUGUACGUCGUGUGCUGCUGUUCUUCUCGAUGAUUGUAUUUGCUGUUGCAUCCCUUGGUGCUGCCUUUAUCAACAAUAUUUGGGGAUUGGUGGUGCUGAGAUGUAUUCAGGCUGUUGGAUCUUCUUGCGGACAAUCUGUCGGCGCUGGUGUCAUUGCUGAUUGCUAUCCGUUAGAGCAACGUGGUGCUGCUUUUGGAAAAUACUUUUUCUUUGUGUUCUUUGGUCCACUGCUCGGCCCUAUUAUUGGCGGCUUCUUGAUCAUCAGCGUUCUUUCAUGGCGUGCUACCUUCUGGUUCUGUGUAGCAUUUGCUCUGUUCAUUGCGUGCAACAUCUUCUUCCUGUUUCCUGAAACCUAUCGUGAUAAUGCCAAAUGGGAUAUGCAAUUGCCUACUACUUCCAAUGACGAUAAAGCAUCCUCCAUUAGCAGUGCAACUCUCGAAGGCAAUGCUCAUCAGCCAGAAAUAGAGGCGAGCUCCGAAAAAAGCCAAAUUGACACAGUGGAGCACCAGAUUCCUGUAGAGCCCAAACCAGCAGCUGCCCAACCACAAGCACGCCGUACUAAUCCUUUUGCUGCCUUCCUCUUGUUGAGACAUCCGUUUGUCCUCUGUUCUGCUCUUGUGUCUGGUAUUGCAUUUGGCUGUAUGUUUGCAGUGGAGACCAUCAUUCCUGGCUUAUACGAAUCGCAUUAUGGAUUCAACUCAUGGCAAACAGGUUUGUCCUAUCUCGGUGCCGGUGUAGGUAACAUGGCCGGCUCAUUGCUUGGUGGAAUGACAUCAGAUAAGCUCUUGUUACGUUCUCGCCGUCUUCGUGGUGGUCGUGCCGUGUGUGAGGAUCGUUUAACUGCAAAUCUCUGGUUUGCUUUUGUCUUUAUCGUAUUUGGCAUCUUGCUGUUUGGUUGGGGCAUUCAAAAGAACCUUAGUUAUUGGUGUGGUAUUGUCGCUUUUGGUAUUCAAACAUUUGGCAUGAACCAGGUCAUGACAGCUACCUCUGCUUACAUUGUGGACGCAGUGCCUGGUGCUGGUGCGUCUGCUACUGCCUCUGCUAAUCUCAUUCGUAUGAUCAUGGCCUGUGUUUUGACGCUUAUCGCUAAUCCUUUGGUGGCAAGUAUCGGCUCUGGAUACACAUGUGUCUUUUUAGCCGGUCUGUCUGUUGUUGGGUUCUGUAUUUUGGUCAUUCUCAAGUUGUUUGGUGAAAAGAUGAGAAUCAGAGCUGGAUUCAAGGAUUAA